AUGGCGGGAAAAGUUUUUGCUUUAUUAGAUGAAAUGAAAAUUAAGCCUGACAGUUUUACUCUCGCUAUUUUGUUUAAGGCAUGCGCCGAACUUGCCACUGAUCGAGCGAUUAAAAUUGGGCGAAAACUUCUUGAUGAAAUGCCUGAAAAUUACCGAAAUAAUGUUGUUGUAUUAAAUUCAGCAAUGCAUAUGUUAAUGAAAUUUGGUGAUAUUCAAAGUGCUGAACGUAUUUUUAGAUCAAACAAAAAAAAAGAUAUUAUUACUUAUAAUGCUAUAAUCAAAAGAUAUGUUGGAAACGAAAUGUUCGAAAGAGCAUUGGGUUUAUUCGAACAAAUCCAUCUAAACUU